AUGUGUGGUCGAUGCGACUUUGACAGCGGUCUUUGUGGUCUGCGGCAUGACAACACUACGCGCAUGCGCUGGGACUUGGCGACUGGUAGAACUCCCAGUGGAGACACGGGUCCGUCAUUGGACCAUACUACGCAUUCUAACAAAGGCUCCUUUGUCUACAUCGAGGCGUCCCGCGUGGCUCUGGGAUCCAAGGCCUGGCUCUCGAGUGACUGGAUGGAUCCGGGUUCAGCGGUAUGCAUCCAGUUCUGGUAUCACAUGUAUGGAGAGCACGUGGGCUCACUUAGCGUACUCGCCUUCACUAGAACCACACAACAGGUCGUGUGGCGCAUGGCAGGGAAUAUGGGAGACCGCUGGAUUCUUGGUCAAACUAUGAUAGAUAUCAAAGGCGAAUUCAAGUUUGUUAUUGAGGGCAUACGGGGUGACGGUAAUCUGGGUGAUAUUGCUCUUGAUGACCUCGCUUUGUUGGAGGGAAGAUGUAGCAUGGUUGAGCAGCAAAUGCCCGUCUCCUGCUCGUUUGAGAGUUCUUGUGGACGAUGGGACAUCGGUGAAGGCUGGCAGUUAUCAAGCAGUAAAAGUGCGAUUCCGCAACGUCCAAAUAAAAGUAGGUAUCUAUUCUUAAAGAGAAGGGCAUCUUCUCCCAGUCUGCUCCUCUCCCCAGUCUUCCCGGCCGGCAAGUGGCGCUGUCUAAGGUUCUGGUACUACAUUGGGCUCGGCAACAACGCCGAACUCCGCAUACGCAUGAGGCGUGAAGGUAAUGGGACCGAUGUCCAGCUUAGCACUACUAGUCGACGAACCAAGGAAUGGACUUAUGUGCAGUUAUCGAUGGAAAAGAUGGCACACACAAUACAGGUCAUAUUUCAAGCGUUCUCAACCGGUCCAGCGCUAGCAUUAGAUGACGUGUCAUUCCUAGAGACACAGUGUGAAGACAUGCCUUGGACACCUUAUGCGGGUAAAGCCAACCAUUCUCAAGUUUCUAUGAGUACUAUGUUAUAA